AUGACCAUGUUAGAUGGUAAACUCAUGGAAAUUGAGAGCACCUUAGCCUUUUCAGAGGAGAUUCUUCUUCGAAAUAACUUACCGGAAAUUUUAAACGUCAAAGCAGUACUCGAAGAGAAGCUUAGAGAAGUCUCUGUUCCCUUCCAACCUUUGGAAGCUAUGCCGAAGCUCGGUUACUCGGAGGUCAAGUACAUUCAAAAUGAUAUCUUUCUAAAAGACGCACCGGGAAAGUUAGUCACAAGCGACACUGAGCCUUUAUUAUCAGUUGCAGAAGGCAAGAAUCUCACAAAGGGGCUGGUAGGCGAGGAUGGAACUUUUACGGUUACUACAAAGAAUGCACAAGGUCAAACAAGUUACUGUGCGAUAGAUGAAGUCAUUGCAAAUAUCAAUUCAUUUUCGGGGCACGAGACACUGCAGACGGUUGUGACAGACUGGAAGGACGGCCGUUAUUCAGUCUCUUACAAGCCAAAAACCCCUGGAAAGUUCACUGUGUCGGUCGAAGUACUAGGAAGCCCGAUCAUGGGCAGUCCAUUUACUUUAGAAGUGAAAAAUCAACCAGACAUCAAGGAGCAAGGUGAAGUUCUUUUUUUUCCAAAAUAGAGGUUUUUCCAUUAAAAAGUGGGAAAAGAUCAUUGAAGUUAAUAUUAAUGAGCGAGGGUGAAAAAACUUCAUUUAUUUUGUUCUAGAUAGAUCCAGGACACAAUUCCAGUCCUGAUUUAAAAGCAAAGAAAGUCAGUUUCACUUUCGUAAUGAGCUUGAAUUUUAAAAAUGUUUGAUAGAUUUUGGUCACCCAAUCAGAUCACUCUGCAAAUCAAGAGCUAAUAUCACGCAGGUUAACUCUGUACAAAAUAUAAAAGUUUAAAUAGUCGGUGAAACCUGUUCGAAAUCGUUACAAACAGAUACUAGGAGGGUACCGCGGGAAUAACCUUUAUGAACGUAUCCGACAGCCUUAAAAGGUGUUUAAAUGUUGAGAUUUUGAGCAUUUACAACCGUGGCAAAGUUGUGGCAACCUUUACGUACCAUAUCCAUUUCUGUUAAUAUUGCUAUUUGUGAAACGUACUUUUAACGUGGCUCACGAGUGUAAAACCGUAUUAACUUGGAUGAUGUGUACAGUUAACCCGAUUUUUACUCUGCUCUUCUAGUUGUUUCAUCACUUCUGCAGCAUAAACAGGAAUUUGAGGGAAUGGUUUUAACAGUCGCACCAUAUUUAGAUACUUUACUUAGCAGAAAUGACAAGUACUUUGAGGUAAUAGUUAACUUUUGGAAUUUUUUUGUGUGUGGUCAAACGACUGGUGAUUUAGGUUUAAAAUCAGUUGCAGUCGCCUCAUAACUCCAAAAGCCCCUAUAACGCUUUUACUUUAAAAGAGGCCACAAUUUAAAAAACAGUGGUAACAUUGGAUUUGAACCGGUGAUGUUAUGGAACACCAAAAUUUCAGUGCAUAUACCUUGUUUUUCACCGUGCUAGUUCACCGUAUGCAUAGUACUGAACUUUUUCCCUGGCAGAACAGGUUUAAGCACAGGGCCCAGACUCACAACAGCCCACUGGAAGCUAAAUUAUAAGGCUUUGUAUGAACUUGUAUGGGAAUUUAUCGAAAGAUCGAUGAAACGCUUAAAAUGCACAUAAAAAGCCAUCUAAGUGUCCAGACCUCAUAAAUAGUUGUGUCUGUGUUGUUUUCUUACUGUUUCCUGCCCUAUAAACGCCAUUUUAGCAAGUUAUGAUGUUUUGGUUUCUCACCCACUAAGCUAAGACGACUAAGACAAGGGACUCAAAACUCGCGGGCUGUACUAGGCUUCCCAAAGGAAAAGCUCCAAAAAUUACUUUCAGUUCAGUCCAAUCCCGAACUUCGCUUGAGCAUCUUUCCUUCCUUAUCAAUUUUGUUCCAAACAUCCAGUCAUGAUGGUCUGGGCUCCAUGUGGUUUAAGCGGCGAGAGAUAAGUCUAACAUAAAAAUGAUUGUGCGACGCUGUCAACAUCAUGUCAUGUUCCUUUGGUCUCAGUGUGCCAGAAUGAGUUUAUGGGAGAGUGCAUAGUAUGAGUUAGAUCGUAUAUUUAACUCCUUUUCGUCUUUCUUUAAUAACAGGUUUUUGAAGUGGUUUCUGCAAACCUUUGCUUUGAAUAAAGGUUUGUGGAAUAUUUAUCCCGCAAAAAAACCAGAGCUGUCUUGAAAGACAUGAAAGCCAGGACUGGCGUCGAGUGGAUUGAAUCAAGGGAGAGUUUCAUUAUGUCAGGAGCUUUUAAACAAGUGGAGGAGGCUCAUUCCUUUUUGCAGGAGAAUGCAAGUCAGUCUUAUCUCGAGCAUGAAGGAGUGGAAGUAAAGAGGGAACAACAGCAGUUCAUGGUAGAAGAUUCACAUGACUACUCCAGCUGUGUCAAGACAACAAGUAGUCGGCUAGAGACCUUCUUACUAGGCAAGUGAAAUAUCGGUUGUUGUCUGGCUUUAUCGUCCACAAAUGUUAUCUGAAGACAUAGGUCGAAAUCCAGGGUGGCCUUUCUUUUAGGUAACUUUAGAUGCAUCCUUGGUGUUAUUAGUAGGUCCACACGACGUAUGUCCUUCCCUGCAUUUUGAUCCUCCCUUGACUUUGAGUUCGUGAUAUCAUAAGUUUUUUUACCAUUUAGUGCCCGUACUAAUUCAUCAGAUAAGUCUUAGUUUUUUCCAUGUUUUUGAAAUCGUACCAAAUGCAAUGACAUCUUUGGAGGAAAACUGACUCCAUUUGGAGUUUUAACCCAUUCGCGUCCAAGAUAAUACUAUACAACUUUCCUCGAGUAUACCAGCCAUGAAUUUAACUGAAAGCGAAGAACUCGGGACAAAACUCUUCAUUCAAGGUGUCUCGAUACAGUUUCUCGAAGACCAACAACAACAACAACAACAGUAAGCUUUAUUUGCAUGACUAUAACAAAGUAUUACAGUAUUGCAAAAGCUACUUCAAAUUAACCAUUGAUUCCUUUUAAAUUAAAUAUUUAAAAUGAUUUGAAACAUAUUAAUCAUUGCUUAUUUUGAACCAUCAGUAGGAUUUAUUUAAUUAUUCCUGUGAUAAGUUUUUCUCCAGAGACCAUACCGAUGUCUUUCAGUCGCCUUAAAAGUGAUUUUAUCCUUGUCCGAUCGCCAGAAAAUUUUCACCAGUGAUUGACUAUAUGAAUUAAAGUUGGUCAAAAUACCGUUUUUAGUAAAAUCGAUAUCACUAUGACAACAAUUAACAAAAAACUUUCAAAUCGAUUAAAUCCGAAUUUUGCGCGAUCUAGACCUGCUACUGAAAAUCCGACGCCAGGAACUUAACGUGUGUUGUUUAGCAAAUAACCUCUGCGAGAAGUAAAAAAUUCUGUAUGUUUGAAUUCAAAUAAAACGUGAACAUAUUUCAAAUCUUAUUUUUCAAUAAAAUUGUAACAGAAAGUAGUAACAACCUCAAGGCGCAGUCAAGGUCGAAUCGUGAUAGGAGAGGCUCGUACGAUCGCGCUUCGCGCUCACAGUCGCGCUACGCGCUCAAAAGCUCGACUUGUGAGCAAGUCUAGGGCAGAGGGUCAAAAGGUAGUGGCUCAACGAAUAACUCUCCUGGCAGUUCUGAUGCUCGUGACGAUCAUCCUUUGAGUGCAACAGCCACAUCUUAUAGUGGUGCAGUGAGACGAAAUGUGGGCAAGAAGUAUGGGAAGGCACCGACAAUAGCUGAUGGAGCCAAGGCAGAUAAGGAAGAGGAAGGUAGAAAUGGUAUUUGUUACGUACAAACGCUUUAAUUUAUAUCCCGUCGAACCUCUCGGUACGGAAACCUCUCUAAUACGGACACCUCUCUAUUACGGACAGUUUCCAAUGUCCCGGCAAAAUUCUCAUAUAUUUUCUUUAAAAAAAGCCCUCUAUGAUACGGACUCUCUCUAAUACGGACAACGGACACUAAAUCUCGGCCCCAGACAGUAAGUUCAUAUAAACUUAACCUCUUUAUUACGGACACUGCGGUGAUCAGGGGAAUCCCGAAUCCCUAUUAGGUGAAUCUCCACAGGGUGAAUCCAGUCUAGUCUGGCUGAUGAGCUUUGGAAGAUGAUGUAAAGCCCAGUGGCUGUAUACCAAACAACGAUUUGCGAGGGCUUCAAUAACUACAGAUAGCAUAAAGAUCUUUCUAUUACAUUUUGUACUCUAGUUACUGUUUACUACACUUGCAAAAUAGCGAAAGACGCUUUCAGAAUUGUGCUUUGUAUGUUACAAUUUUUUCAUGCAACUAUAGUGACCUCUUUUAUACGGACACCUCUCUAAUACGGACACUUCGCUCUGUCCUUUCGGUGUCCGUAUUAGAGAGGUUCGACUGUAAAUGAUACCCUAAAUACGCGACGGUCAUAUCUCGGAAUAGUAAAUAUAGUUCAAAACUACUGGAAGGUGCAGUACGAACACUAAUCUAAACCUGACCGAUUAUAGACCGCACGAAAAUUGUCUACAGACUGCCCACGUGCACUUCAGUAAUGAUCACUUUCUCUCAGGAUUUUGUCACAUACUCAGUCGUUUCAAUAUCUAUAGUGAUUUUUUAGAACCACACUUAAACGCUAUACUGCAUGGUACUUAUUGCCCUCAGUGCGCACUCAGUCUCCUUUACUCCGAACAAUCAAAUUUUGUAUUAAAGUUAGCAUUAUAUUAUCGUAAUAUAUUGCAAACUUAGUAUCACAGCUUUCUUGACAUGAUUACUUCUCCCCGUUUCAACUAUCAUUACAGGUGCAACUGGCGAUAUUAAACGAGACUUAGAAAGUAACCAGUCUGUUAUCAGUUAAUCUUUGCGAGAUAAAUCAGUUACAAGAUCCUUAAGUUGGUAUAAACUAAACAGUGAAAUUACCCCUUUCCAGUAGCUUGCAGUACAAGUAAGAAUGAGAAAAGAACAACCGUGACUAAGACGAACAGGUAGGUUUACUGUGGAAUGUUACUGAAAGGGAACUCAUCAAGAGAAUGAUAUAAUCGAUUAAUCUCAGUGAUGUUGUGGCUAAGCCUGCAUCAGUGAAAGAAGAUCAUAAAUGCCGUGAACAAAUGUACAUCUGAAUGCUAUGGUUGUUUUCCUUUUUUUUUUUUUUAGAAAAAUGCCCAAUUUGUCUUGAUCAUAUCACUGGGCCACGACGUUUGAAGUGUCGGCACGUGUUUUGUUCAGUGUGUCUUCAACAAGCGCUGAAAGUGAACAACAGGUGCCCCGUGUGUCAAGAACCUCAAGGAGNCUUGAUCAUAUCACUGGGCCACGACGUUUGAAGUGUCGGCACGUGUUUUGUUCAGUGUGUCUUCAACAAGCGCUGAAAGUGAACAACAGGUGCCCCGUGUGUCAAGAACCUCAAGGAGCUCUUCGAGGAAACCAGCCACGAGGAGAAAUGACAAGCUAUCACGAGUCAUAUAGAAGUCUCCCAGGUUACCCAGGUAAUUUUAAAACUCGUUUACAAACGACCAACCGCUGGCGACAUUAGGGACCUACAGCGAACACGACGGUACUGUUAGUGGCACCGCGAAGUUCAGGAAAGUAAUAGGCCGAAAAAUCAACAGCAACAGCGACGGUAACUCUGCGUGGGCGUCACACUUUUGGUUCAUUUUAUCGCCAUUACAUGCGGAAAAAGUUUCUUUCUCUGUCCGAAAUUGGAUAUAGUUAAAAGAGCUGAAUUUCAGGAAAAUGUACCUUCAGUUGACUAAUAUAUCGAGUCGGAGUGAUCGCUAUAAAAAUUGAAAACAUAACAAUGAUAAUAAUAAUAAUAAUAAUAAUAAUGAUAAUAAUAAUGAUAAUAAUAAUAAUAAUAAUAAUAAUAAUAAUAGUACUGUAAUAAUAAUAAAAAUAAUAAAAAAUAAUAAUAAUAAUGAUAAUAUAAUGAUGAUGAUGACGAUAAUAACCUCACAAAUUUACUUCAUAAGUGACGUUUUUAGUUCCGUCGCCAUCGUCGUUGCUUUAACUUUCUUGUAUCACAGAAAUGAGCAGCCAAGGCGGCGCCCUGAAAAAUAGGUUGUAGCGCAACAUAUCUAGUUGGAAGGGGAAUAGGUGAAGGUGGAGUUCGUCAUAUCAGUGACAUAUCAAGUUCCAGUCGCUCGACUGCUGUUUUAGAUUAACACAGCUGGGUCUCUGAAUAAAGGCUCUCUCAUUCGAUUUGGUUGUCGAGCAUUCCUCUCCAAGUGAAAAUGAAUCGACUUGAUCCCGCUCAAUUUUAUUUCAAAGUGCUCCCAUUUGAAAAUCGAGGAAGGUUUAGAGCAGCGAUUUGAGGGGCGGACUACUUUUAAUUUCUAUGGGUGCGUAGGCUCUCAGUUUUUUUAAAAACCUCUUGAACUACAGCUUGACUAAUUUAUUCUUGCGCAAAGAGGAGUUGGCGGACGAAAGGAUCUGCUUUGCCUGUUUGCAGGGUGUGGCAAAAUCAUCAUCAGAUAUUACUUUCCAUCUGGGAUGCAGGGCCCAGAACAUCCACACCCUGGCCAUCAUUACGAGGGUACUUCAAGAGAAGCUUAUCUUCCAGGCAACCGUGAAGGACAUGAGGUUCUACAGCUACUGAAGAGAGCAUUUGACGCUCGACUGGUGUUUACGGUUGGCAUUUCAAAUACAACGGGACGUCCAAAUCAGGUGGUAUGGAAUGAUAUUCAUCACAAAACUAGCACGAGUGGAGGACCUAGUGGGUAAGAAUACAUAAAUUAGCUGACCAGGGGAUCAUUUUAAGGCAAGAAUCAAUAAAUUAAUGAAAGGUGUUUUGAAUACCAGUAAUUGUUACUGCUGAGGAUAACUCUGUGAUGGACUAGCCUCCUAGGCGGACCGUCCAGGAUUGAGUUGCAAUUCUCGUAUGCACUUCAUGCUACAGAAACCGGGAUAAGCUUUGAUACUAUUGGCCUCCUUGGCUUUAUUUGCCCUUAUCCCUCCCCUUUGCCUUUGUCCUUUUUUCUACACGUGCUUUUAUUAAGGAAUAUAAACCUGAAUUUGACCAUGUAUGACGGGCCAGCCUGAUUAAAGUAGUUAUUAUAAUAAUAAAAAUGAGGGGAAACCAAAUGAAAAAAAGAAAGGGCUAUUGGUUAUUUAGUACACAGCUUUCAAGAAAUAUUGUCCCAGGAAAGCCACUCAAUCAAUUAAGAAAUAAUGUAACAAAUUAUGAAUCAUUAAUACACAGUUCUUCAUCCCUUACAAACUGAUGUUGUUUUGUUUAAAGGUUCGGAUAUCCUGACCCAGAUUACCUGCGGCGAGUUAAAGAAGAGCUGGCAGCUAAAGGAAUCCGCUAA